AUGGAUCCUGCCGAGAAUAUUCACAAUUCUAAUGAAAAUGAUAAAGAAGAUAUAACAGAAAAGUUAUCAUCAGAUAAUAUAAAUAUCAAUGUACAAACAGAAACUAAAAGUCGUAUUUCAAUUCUAUCUUCUUCACGUUUGAGUGCAAUGUUUGAUCCAACUCUUUUAAGUACUUGGAUCAAUGGAACCAGCGAUCAACAAACCACCAAAGCACAAAAACAUACUACUAGAGUAUUAGAUGAUACUUUUACAACAGGUCUAGAAUCUGUACGAUUAUCAAAAGGUCCAGACUUUUCGUUACUUUCAGAGGAUGAAGAUUUAAAUGAUGCUUUUGAAAAGAUUUUGGACGAAAUAGACAUACGAGGAGAACAACGUAAUACAAUGUUAGAGUUGUCUGAUGAUCACAAAAGAACAUUAAUUAUUCAAAACAGACAAGCUCGCGCAAUCAAACAAGCAACCCAACAAUCGCAACAGGAUCAAAUUGAUAACUCUCCUUCUACACAUGAAGGGGAAAAGUCUCAACAAGAUUUAGAAGUCAAGGAUACGAUAAAAUAUAAUGAAGAAGAAAAAGAAAAAUCAGAAAAAAAUAAUUCUGAUGAUUCAACUUUUAAUAAUAUUAUUGAAAGUAAUAAUGAAAUAGAUCAAGGAACCAAAAUAUCAUUGAUUUCUACUUUACUAAGUUCAGAGUCUUCAAUAUCUUCAUCAGAAUCAUCAUCUAAUUCUGGAGGAUUUUUUAGCCUUUUCUUUGGAUCAAAUUCAAGUACAGUGAAAUUACAAAAUACUCCAGAUUUUUAUGUUGAAAAAUUGACACAAAGGAAUAUUCCUGCAAAAGAAUUAUCAAAACGGUUACAAUCUUUACGUAUAGAAUUAUCUACCGCGGAACUUUCUUGGAUUAAAACUUUUAUUGAUUGUGAAGGUUUGGUAGCAUUGGAAUUUGUACUUAAAAAAUAUACAAUUGGAUUGAAAAAAAGUACGGCGAGAAAUACUGACCAUGAUGACAAAAUACAAUUCGAAUGUAUACGUUGUCUAAGAGUGUUACUAAAUACGAAAACUGUGUAUGGCCAAGUUUUAAAUUCCCCCUCAUUAAUUAAUUGCAUAGUUUUUUGCUUGCAUACACCAAAUAACAAGCUUCGUUCACAAGUUGCUUACGUUUUGGCAGCAUUAUGUGUGCUUUCAUUUAAAGGGCAUAGUUUAGUUUUGAAUGCAUUUUCAGAUUUUCGUCAAGUUCAUGAAGAGGAAUUUCGGUUUCAGUAUUUAAUGGAAACCUUAAAAAUUAAUGAUGCGGAAGAAGAUAGUGGUUCGGUUGAAUAUAAGUCUGCAUGUUUAAGUUUAGUAAAUUCUAUCGUUUCACCACCUGAAGAUGUAGAAGAAAGAAUACAACUUCGUAAAGAAUUUGAAAGGCGAGGAUUAAUUGAACUUUUUUCGUCAAUAAAAAAUUCGGAUCCACCUGAGUCAUUACUGAAACAAAUAAAUAAAUAUGAAGAAGAAAGUCAAGAAGAUUUAGAUGAACUAUAUGAAAAAGUGCAUGAUAUUGUGCGUGAUGCAAAUGAUCCAUUUUCUAUACUUGUUGGUCUUGUUCGACAAGUUGAACAUGAUGAAGAACUAUAUUUUCGUGUAGUUGAAACUUUAAAGAACUUAUUAAGAAUUGUUUGCAGAGAUUCAGAAGAAAUUUCUCAAAAUGAAAUAUGGACUUUAGUUGAACUAUUCAUAGAGAGGAUAAGGUCCCUAACGAACAUUCAAGAUGAAUGGCAAAUAACCAUGAACGAAUUUCUUGCAUCUGCACAAUAUAUUGUUGGAAAAUUUUCCAUUGUUAGCGGGAAUAUGACUGAUGAAAUAAUUGAUUCAAUGAAGGUUAAAUCAAAUGAAUUGGAAACUAAGAUCAUACCCCUAAAUUCAGAAACUCUUGUGGAUAAUAAAAUCGAAACUUGUUUAAUCAGUAAAUCCUCGAAAGAUAAAUCUUUGAAACAUUCGAAUAUAAAUGAGGAUGUUCCGCCGCCGUCAAACGGGGGAAUUCCGCCACCUCCUCCCCCGCCACCUUCAAAUAGGAACGGGGGAAUUCCGCCACCUCCUCCCCCACCACCUUCAAAUAGAAACGGGGGAAUUCCGCCACCUCCUCCCCCACCACCUUCAAAUAGAAACGGGGGAAUUCCGCCACCUCCUCCUCCACCACCGCCAAAUAGAAACGGGGGACCAAAUGUCCCACUAAAGCCAUUAUUAUGGAGUAAAAUUCCUCCAUACAAAAGUUCAAAUACAAUAUGGCAAGAUAUUCCAGCUGAAGAAGUUCCAUUAAAAACUGAUGAACUUGAUAUGUUAUUCUCAAAAAAUCAAAUGGUACCAAAUGUUAAAUCUCCAGCAUCUCCAACAUCUCCAAAAAAACCAGCAGUAACAACAUUACUCGAAUUUAAUCGAGCAAAUAAUAUAGCAAUAAUGUUGGCCCAUGAAAUUGAAUUGAUAAAAGAUUAUAAUGGUGAUAUCGCAAUGUUGGGUAAUGCGGAAAAAUACUUUCGGGAAAUAAUGGUGAUACCUAGAUUUUCCGAAAGAUUAGGAUGUAUGAUAUAUCGAAGAAGAUUUGAAAUGGAAUUUGAAGAAUUGAAAUUGGAAAUUGAAGUCUUUCACGAAGCAUACAUUGAAUUGAAAGAAUCAAUUAAAUUUAAAAGGCUAUUAAAGACUAUAUUAGUCAUAGGGAACUAUUUGAAUGGUUCAACAUUUCGAGGAAAUGCGGUGGGAUUUCAAUUGGAUUGUCUUUCGAAGUUGAGAGAAACUAAGGCAUUAGAAAAUAAUUCCAAAGGAACAGCAACUUUACUUCAUUAUUUUGCAUUGACCUUGGAAGAAACUCAAAAGGAUUUAUUAUCAUUCAUGGAUGAAUUAAAACAUUUAGACGCUGCAACACGAAUAUCUUUUGUUACUGUAGUAAGUUCGGUUGCAUCUUUAGAUAUUGGCUUUAAAUCAAUAAAAGAAGAGAUUAAGAAAUUGAAAAAAAUUGGUCUGUCUCCUAAAAAUGAUAAUUUUUGUAAAGUUAUGGAGAAAUUUGUAGAAAAAGUUGAACAAGUGAUAGAAAAUAUAAAAGAAUAUACAACGAAAUUAGAAGAGGACUUAAAACAAUUAUUAAUAUAUUUCGGCGAAGAUCCAACUACAAUAAAACCAGAAGAAUUUUUUGGAAUGAUUGCAUCAUUUGGUAAAGCAUUAGCACUCGUCUGUUUAGCAUCAUCAAUAACAGGAACAGGUGAAUUCGACGAGGCAAUUAGAAAUUUGAGAUCUGGAUUGAAGAAAACUCGAAUGAGACCAGUUUCUAGAGUUUUUAUUGAUUUACAAAGUAGCGGUCAUAUUAGGGGACCAAGCAGUAACUCUCAUCAUCGAAGAGCCAGUAGUACUAUACAACAUGUUCGUUACAGUAGCACAUUUUUACACACAUCAUCUUUGCUUACUGAGUAG